UUUCAUUAAUCAUCAACUGUUGAUUAGAUCAAUUAAUCAACAAGAGAUGUGAAAAUGUUUCUAAAUGACUUACCCGAUGAGUGUUUGUAUUUAAUUUUCAAACGUAUCAAUGGUUUAGAUGAUUUAAUCAAUUGUGGUGAAGUCUGCUCGCGAUGGAACUAUUUAAUAAAUCGACGUUUAUUCCAUGUGAAAUAUUUAACAGGUGUUCCAAGUUCAAGCUAUUCAGUGGAUACAAUUUACUUUGGUGAAUCAGAUGCACUUAAGGAUAUAAACUUUUGGCAAUUACUACCCAAUGUUAAGAUUCUUGAUGUACCAAGAAAAAAUGAAUUCAAUUAUGAAGAUUUGGUUAAUAUAUUAACCAAAUCAAAGUCGAUUAAAGGAUUAAUCUAUCAUCCAGUUCUAACCAAAGUGUUGGCUCGUUAUUGUGGUAAUUUGGAAAUGAUUGCAACGAGAUAUUCAAAAAUUUACUUCACCGAUAUAAUAAUUAACUGUGGAACUAAAUUAAAACAAUUAUAUAUUUGGUAUUUAAGUUUUAGACAUUUAGAAAGAUUUGUAAGACAUUUACCCAAUUUACAGAGACUUCAUAUCAAUGAUACAACUGGUGAAACUAAUUACAUCUACAAUGGAUCAAUGUUGGAGAAUCUUAAAAUUCUGGAAAUUUCAUUGGAACCAUUUGAUAGAUUGAAUAUCUAUGCUGGUUUUCAUCUGAUCGACUUUUGUCCAUCACUGGUCAGCGCUUAUUUUAAUGUCCAUGGCUCGAACGGAGUUUUUUUUGAUGAAUCGGUGAAAAAUUAUUGUCUCCGUGAUUUGGUCAUCCAAUAUACGGUAUAUGAUUGUUCACACAAUUGGAUUUCUUUGCGUAAUUUUUUGACCAAAUUUCCCAAUUUAAGGCAUUUAGCUGUACGAGGCAAUCAAAAUCUGCAAGAUGAUCAUAUUAGUGAACUAAUUACAUUUCUACCUCAUUUGAUUAUACUUGAUUUAAGGUCUUGUUAUGGUGUAACUCAACAAUCAGCUGAUGAUAUUGUUGAUUAUUGUAAAAAAAAUAAACGAUUCAUCUCAAUUUAUACUAAAUCUGAUCAGCCAAUUAACUUGGAUUGGCCUGAAUUGUCUGAUUGUGAUUCCAGAAUUUGUUCAACAUUUGAUUUCAUGAGAAAUUGUUUUCUUAAAUCAUUUGAUCAAUUGCCACUCCUCAUGGAUUCAUUUAGUUAAUCAUAAACUUAUUCAUCUAAUUGUAAACUCAAUAUCAAUGUCCAUUUGUUAUUAAUCAAUCAAGAAUUGACAAUAAGCUUUGUCUAUUAUUAUGAUCUAAUAUUAAUAUUAAUAAAUCAGUAAUGAUCAUCGUUAAAUUGCCUGUUGCAAUUUAGGUGAUAGAUAAACAAUCAACAAUUAACGUCAUCAAUUAAUAAAUAUUUAA